UUAACAUUUUAAUAUCACUUCUCUGAUGUAAACUAAACGUAACAAAAUGACAGUAAAUUGCGCUGUCACUUUGUAUUUUGACAAUGACAUUACAUUUGUUUGUAUCGCAAUCGACGAGCGACGACUGUGGAUUAUAAAUAAUCGAAUCAUUACAAAAUGUUGUUGUAUUUUUAUCACAUUCACUAAAUAUUCAACAAUAACAACUUCCCACAUUGUGCCAGUUUCAUGUUACAUCCUAAAACUAAACCAUGGCAUUGGACAUAGCAAAAAUGUGUAGAAUUUGUCUCGAAUCAGAUAAAAUUAGUUAUGAUAUGUACACCAGUUUUUAUGAGAAACGGAAUAUUGUAUACAGUGAUAUGCUAGCAAAAUGUACUCAAAUUAAGCCACAAAUAGAGGAUGGAUUGCCCCAUUUGAUUUGCAAUGAUUGUGGUCGACAGCUAAAACGGGAGUACACGUUUAAUUUACAAUGUGACGAGAGCGACAAAAGGUUAAAGUUAAUGCUAGCAAAGGCUGAAAUCAAGGAAAAUGGUCUUUCUAAUGGUCUAUUCAAAGAUGAACUGGAAUUCGGAGAUAUAAAAUGCGAGAAUGGUCUCGGGGAGAACAUGGAACUACUGACGCUAGAUGAAACCACUGGAAACAUUAAAAAUAUUAAAUUGGAACCAUUACUUAAUAACGAUGACAAUGAUAGCACUUGGGAUGCUGACGAUGAUAAUAUAUUGUUAGAAGAAAUUAAAAUUAAAAAAGCAGAACUUGAAAAUAUAGAAUUAAAACCUAAGAAGAAAAGAGGCAGAAAAAAAAGAGUGUACCUAGAGGGAGAAGUCCGGCCUCUACCAGAAAGCAAGCUGCCGCACCAAUGUGACAUUUGUGGCAAAGUCCUAAGCACUAAGAGUAAUCUCAAGGCACAUAAACUUUGUCAUACUGAUCUCAGACCAUUCUUGUGUUCUGAUUGUCCUGCUACAUUUAGAGGGCACAGUGCUCUGUUCCAACAUAAGAAAAUACACACUGGUGAGACUCCCUACCAUUGUGAGUUUUGUCCCAAACAGUUUAGCAGACGUACUGGGCUGGUUAACCACAUACGAAUGCAUAAAGGGGAGAAGUUGUACAGUUGUGAUAUAUGUUUCAAGACGUUCGUGCAGAGCGCCCAGCUCUCCAUACACAUGAAGAGACAUAAAGGAGACAAACCAUACUUGUGCCAAGUCUGUGGGAAAGGAUUCCCUAUCAAAGCGGAGCUGAAGGUCCACCAAAGGAUCCACAAUGGUGAGAAGCCGUACUCCUGUCACCUAUGCACCAAGACCUUCGCGACUUCAGGCAACUUAUCCAUACAUGUCAGGAUACAUAAUAAAGAAGUUAGGUACAAUUGCAAGGAAUGUCAACGAGGUUUCGUAACAUGCAGCGCUUACAACGUCCAUCUAAAAAGGCAUAAAGGUCAAAGAGACUACCACUGUGAAUGUGGCAAGACAUUCUACACAUCAUCAGCUUUAAAACAACAUAAAGUGGUACACACAGGCGAAAAGAAAUACCAAUGUAAAAUAUGCGACAGAAAAUUCACCCAAACUAGUCAUCUGAGCCGCCAUUUUAAAAGAGAUCACGCUAAACCGAACGCUCCCGUGCCUUCGUCUGAGCAUUACAAAUUAAUUGUGCAAGAAAAUAAAGAUGUUCUUAAUAUAUUAGAUACUGCUAUACAGAAAAUUGAUCAAACUAUGACCGGGGCUGUGAAAUGUGAAGGGACGUAGCAUUUAGUGUUAGUGGCUGUAACUACCUCAAUGUUGUAGUGUGUGGGUGAUUGGGUUGAUAAAGUUAAAGCAUUUAUUUCCCUUAGUCUAUUUUGUCUUAGAUUUUUUGUAGGUAACUAUGAAGAAGAAUGAGCCAGAAACUCCUUAGUUAUCACUUAUGUUAUGUUCUCCAAUAAAAUUACUAUACCGAGUCUAUCGAGAGUCAGUUAUGCUCUAAACUAGUCUAGACCUUAUUCAUAUUUAUGUCAAUUUAGGUUUAGCUC